UUUGUUCAGAUCUCAAGUUCCAUCGGCGCAUCACCAUGCGGGGCCGUAAAAGAAGAGAAGGGUAUGCAACGAUUGGAAGCUAUGCUGUAUAUUCUGGAUCAGAUUAACGCUGAUAGAGAACUCCUGCCAAACACAACGCUAGGUGCUCUUAUCCUUGAUUCCUGUAGCAGCGAUACAUAUGCUCUGGAUCAAAGCAUGGAGUUCGUCAGAUCGUACAUGAAUCAGGAUAUAUCAGAGUACAAAUGCGAAAACGGCAAGACGCCAACUUACGUUCCUCAUAGGCCGGUGUCAGGCGUAAUAGGCGCCGCUUUCAGCGUGGUCUCCAUCAUGGUCGCCAAUAUCUUACGGCUUUUCAAGAUACCGCAAAUAAGUUACGCAUCCACCAGCACAGAACUCUCGGAUAAAAGCCGAUUCGAGUACUUUAGCAGAGUGGUACCACCCGACAAUUUUCAAGCACAGGCGAUCGUCGAGGUGAUCCAUCUGCUCGGAUGGAAAUAUGUUUCUACGGUUGCAGUGGAAGGCGAGUAUGGCGAGAAGGGCAUCGCCAGUUUCAUUGCCCUUGCGGGUGAAUACAACAUCUGUGUCGCAGUUAGCGAGAAGAUCCUGAGAAAUGCCAGGACCGAAGACUUCGAUAGAAUAAUCGAACGACUGAGCUCGAAGCACAAUGCCAGGGGGGUCAUAAUAUUCGUCGACGAGGAUAACAUAAGUUGCUGUAUGAAACCAGAAAUUUGUAAAUUAUUUUUAGUGGAUGCGGUUUAUGCCAUGGCACACGGUGUUCAUAAUGUCAUCGAGGAAGAGUGCGUAAAUAAUCUGGGCACGUCGCAUUAUCUUUGUGAGACUCUUUCACCAGCACCGGACGGUCCGCGACUUCUCCAGCAUAUUCGCAAUGUCAGUUUCACUGGUCGCCAAAAUACGGAGAUUAAGUUCAACGCCGACGGGGACGCCUACGGAUUUUACAACAUCUACCAGUAUCAAAGAAAGGAAGAGGGUCGCUUCGAUUACAUCCUCAUUGGUGCGUGGAAGGAAGAGCUCUCCCUGGACAUUAAUAUGACACGAUGGGCGACCGGAGUCGGCGAGUUUCACAUUCCACCUAGCAUGUGCAGCGAUAACUGCCCGAUGGGACACAUCCGCAAUUUUGUAGAACCCUGCUGUUGGAGUUGCGUUGCCUGCCGGGAGGAUGCCUACGUGUACAACGACACAUGCAAGAAGUGUUAUCCCGGGUAUGCGCCGAAUGCUACAAUGACGAGCUGUGUGAAGCUCACCGCAGAGGUCAUACCUUGGACAAGUCCUUGGGCGCUGGUACCACUGAUAUUCGCGUCGAUCGGCAUUCUCAGCACCCUCUUCACCACUGUCGUCUUCAUACAAUUUAAUCGUACUCCGGUGAUUAUGGCAUCGGGACGCGAACUAUGUUACGUCCUUCUUGUGGGCAUUCUCUCGUGCUACGGCAUGAGCUUCGUUAUACUGAGCAAGCCGACUACGUGGAAUUGCACAUACCUCAGAAUCGGCCUCGGUCUCUGUCUCAGUAUAUGUUACAGCGCGAUCCUCACCAAGACCAACCGUAUAUCGCGAAUAUUCAACCAGAGCACGAAGAAGAUCAAGAGGCUCUCCUACACAUCGCCCAGGAGCCAAGUGGUAAUCGCUAUCGGGAUUACCGCAGUCCAACUCAUCGGCACUAUCGUAUGGCUGAUGAUUGAACCGCCGGAUACCACAGAGAUUCAUCCGUAUCCGCUGUCCGCGGUGCUGACGUGCCGCGUGUCCACGUUCUCACUGAUGAUGUCUCUCGUUUAUAACAUGUUCCUGAUCUUGAUGUGUACCUUGUACGCGUUCAAGACGCGCAAAAUCCCGGAGGACUUCAACGAGGCCAAGUACAUUGGCUUCACCAUGUAUUCGACAUGCAUCGUCUGGCUAGCCUUCGUGCCCAUCUAUUUCGGCACCAAUAACGAUUACAAGUCGAGCGGACGGCCUACCUUGCAGGUUCAGAUUGCGAGUAUGUGCAUGUGUAUCAAUAUCUCCGCCUCGGUUGCCCUCGGCUGCCUCUUCACCCCCAAGGUCUAUUUGGUGCUGUUCCAGCCUUAUAAGAACGUUCGCCCUGCACAUCCUAACACGGGCGGCUUACAGAGCGGUAAUCGCGGGGCGUACAGCAUGCGUUUUGCCGCUGGUCGCAGCCAGACGAUGCAGAGCGUGACCUCGGGCUCACGUAGCAGCCCCCCGCUACCCCGCGGGGGACCGGGACGUGCGGAUGAGCAGAAGCACGUGAACGAGCAUCGAGCGAGGGUGCGCGAGACCGAGGCGGAGGUGUAUGUCAACGAGGACGAUGACGGCGGCGGCAGCGGCAGCAGAAGCGGCGGCGACGGCAGAAGCGGCAAAGGAAGCGGCGGCUGCGGCGCCGGCGCCGGUGACAGCAGCGACGACGACGACGAAGAGGAGCGCAAGCUGUCAACCGUUCAGGAACUGUCUGAACUCAACGCGGACACCGCCAGUCCGCCGUUAAGUCUGGCGAUGUGCCAAGCGUGCGAGAGGAGUCAGGGCGAGCCGCGCCGCGACUCCGAUCAGCCGAGCGAUCGCGAUGAAGUCGCGAUCAGCAGCAUCUCCGAGAGAGUAGAAGCGCGCGCGAGGAGAGAGGAAUUGUGCCUGAACGAGGAGCAGAUUCUAAGCUACACCGACUCGCCGACCUUCUCCGAAUUCUCUUCGUAGUAUUCGAACAGUCACCUCGAUUCGUGACGGAUUCCCUUCACAGGCCGACCAGCACGAAGGGCCUCGUCUGUUGCGCCGUACUCGACAGCAUUUUAUAAGCGCCAGAUGUUUUGUACAUUCCCAUGAAAUGUGAGUGAUCUGACAACCCUUGCUCAACUCUUUGCACUCGCGUAUCUGUUGUGUAGUUAUAUGAUGCAAUUAUUUACUUAAAUCUGACAAAUACUUUGUUCUUUAAUUAAAUAUUUUUUUUUAAAUUAGGAAGAGAUAAAUUUAAAUAUCAAAAUUCUUGCAUUAACAAAUUUUUUAACGAUGCAGGAAUAUUUUUUAUAAAAUAAAUGUUAUCACAUUUAUUAGACUUUGUGACUCGACAUCAUAAAUAUCUAACUGAAUUUUUAUUGAAAUUUACUCGAAAUUCAGAUAUUUUGUUAUAUUUUAUUAUUAAUGUCAUAACAUAAUUUGCCAAAAUUUUUUUAAUUCAUUAAUUUUCUAAAAUUUUUAUAAUUAUUAUAAAAUUUAUAUUAAAGUAAUUUUUUAAUUCUCAAAAUGCAAUCAAAUAACAGAAAUUCAAUAGUUUUA